AAGAAAUGACCCAGGAAGAACAUAAUUAGUUUGUUUAACUAUAUCUCUCAAAGUUAGGUAAAAACUGAUGUAGGGAUUGCACAUUUACAAAAGUGAAAUAUCUUUAUUGAAUUGAAAUAUUUUUAUCUGUUAGUCUAAUAAGUGUAAAAUGUAACAUAUUUUCUUCUUUGUUUUAUUAUACAGUUAAAAAAAACAAAAAAUAAUGACCAAUGUUAAUUUGUGCACCUACCGAAUUAGAAUUGGCAUGUUCCGGGGUGGGAUGAGGUCAAAGGCAAAUGCUUCUUCCUCCUUCAUUCUCCAAUUACUUCCUCAUUCAUCACGAAUGGCGCUGGCAAUAAGAAUCGUCUUUUUUGCUCUGCUUGCUAUGCACGGGAUUGAAAAAAAUCCUGGGCCGAGAUCUCCUGAAAGAAAAGCAGAAGAUAAUAAUUUGACACCACGUGACCAAGCGGAGAUGGAUUUGUUACACCAAGAACCAAUUGAGCCAUUUAUAAGCGAGGGGAGAACAAUUGGAGUUCCUGCCGAACAGACAAGAGAAACGAUAGAUGAAGCCCUAAUUGAUUUGCAGAGUCAAAAAUCAAUAGAGUCAUCUACAAGUGAAGAGGAAGCAACGGGACCUCCUCUUAAACUACUUAAAAGGACGAAAAAAGAGGAUUUGUCUGAGAGUAUGGAUUUGCCACACCAAGAACCAACUAAGCAACUUACGAGCGGGGGGAGAACAAUUGGAGUUCCAGACCCACAGACAGGAGGAACAAUAGGUCGUUUCAGCAAUUUCUUUGCAAAUCAGAUGGAUUUGUUGGGUCAAGAACCAUAUAGAUGGAAGACGUUUGGUGAUUCAAUCCAAAUCAACAAAGAGAGAGGGGAGAUGACAGAAAGUAAUUUAACUAGUAAUGCACAGGUGACAGGCAUAACCGGGACAACCAUUAAGAGUGAGUUUUGUUUCUUGUCCAUUAUGGAAGAAACAUGGGAAUACAAAAAAACAUUAGUUACAAUUUAAGUACAGUGAUCCCUCAGUAGUCUAGCGUCUCGGCAAACACCAGAGCCAAAACGGGCAUGCGCCCAAGUGAGAUAAUGUUCCCCUAACCGCAAAUCUCCGAGUUGAAAAAAUAAUUUAUUGUGAAAUACGAGAAUGGUGUCUAGAGUGUCUGCACCCGUGGCGAAAUCUAUCAUUUCCAUUUUUGACAAAUAGGGAAAGUUUAGGCCCACUUUUGUUAAUAUUUUUUCGCAUUUUGGAAUGUGGAAAAGCAUAUACCACUGUUUCUUACAGCAAAAACAUGUCGCUACUUGAACAAAUCAAUAGCCGAACACAAAUCCCGAACAAAUUAUGUUUGACUACUGAGAUAUCA